UAGUGAGAUGCCAAAUCCAGAAAACGACGUGAUAGAGAAAUUGAGUGAGGAGCUAAGGCUUGAUACCAAUCAAAUCAAAAUUUGGUUUGAAAACAAAAGAUGCUACAUCCAGGCCCAAAGGGAUAAGGAAGAACGUGAAAAUCUUCGUUUGGAAAACUCAAGAUUACUUUCAGAGAACUUGCAAAUGAAUCUCGAGUUGAGGAAUCGCCUUUGUGCUACGUGUAAUCCUGAGAAACAAAGAAAAAUACUACAAGACUUGCAAAAUGAAAAUGCUAUAUUACAAGCUGAGCUUACAAUAAUAUCCAACAUGCAUGAUCAUUUGAAGGAAAACCCUGAAAGGUACUUGUUAUUAAAACAUCAUCUGCGUCACUACGAUAAUCCAAGUGGACUAGACUUGAAUCUUAAAGUGGAAUGUGAUCACAGUUUUCCAAGAUUGAAUUGGAACUGACUGAAGGCUAUUUCAUGGUUGAAAAGUUCAAUGAUGGAAGUUUUUAGUGGCAUUUCAACUGUUUUUUUGUAUCCUCUAGCAAAUAUUGGGAACAAACAUUUGUUGCUAGGUUUCAAUAUUAGCGGCUGACGAAAAUCUGCCGCAAAUCCAUUUCCAAAUAUGCUAUUUAGUUACAAAAUUCG